CCGCGCCAGCCCCAGUGUUGUGGGGGUACCGCUGUGCCCGCAGCGUCUGCUUUAUCCCGGGGUGCCCGCGCCACUGGGACUCGCCGCGUCGCCGUCACUUCGCGGUCUCCGCGACACCCUCGGGCUGUCGCUCCCGGUCGCGGAGCCAUGUCGCGGCCCAGUAGCGUCUCCCCGCGGCAGCCCGGCGGUGGCUCGGGGGGCUCCGGUACCCCCGCCGCGGCUGCCUCCGCCGGCCCCACGGCGGGCCGCGGCCGCGGCAAGGGGCUGAAGGAUAUCCGCGUCGACGAGGAGGUGGAGAUCGCGGUGAACCUCGCCCUGGAGCGGUUCCGGUACGGAGAGGAGAAAGAAAUGGAAUUUCCUUCUUCUUUCACUAGUACUGAAAGAGCAUUUGUUCAUCGGCUAUGUCAGUCUCUUGGACUGAUAUCUAAAAGCAAAGGAAAAGGAGCAAAUCGAUACCUAACUGUACGGAAGAAGGAUGGGUCAGAACUAACACAUGCAGUAAUGACUUGUUGCUUGGCUCCCAGUACAAAACAUACUGUUCGGAGUUUAAUUCAGAGAUUUCCUGUCACAAGUAAAGAACGAACGGAACUUCUGCCAAAGACUGAGCGAGGAAAUACGUAUGCUGUUGAAUCUGAAAGCAGAGAAGUGAACAAGACAAGCGGACGACUUAACAACGGUAUCCCCCAGGUUCCAGUGAAAAGAGGGGAAUCAGAGUUUGAUUCCUUCAGGCAAUCACUACCAGUUUUUGAAAAACAGGAAGAAAUUGUCAAAAUAAUAAAGGAGAAUAAAGUUGUUUUGAUUGUAGGAGAGACUGGAUCAGGAAAAACUACUCAAAUUCCUCAGUUCCUUCUUGACGACUGUUACAAAAAUGGAAUUCCCUGUCGUAUAUUUUGCACUCAACCAAGACGUUUGGCAGCUGUUGCUGUGGCUGAAAGAGUGGCAGCAGAAAGAAGAGAAAAGAUUGGCCAGACAAUUGGUUAUCAGAUCCGAUUAGAAAGCAGGGUUUCUCCAAAGACGCUGUUAACAUUUUGUACUAAUGGCAUACUACUUCGCACGCUAAUGGCAGGAGACAGCACUCUAUCAACAGUGACACAUGUUAUUGUGGAUGAAGUACAUGAGAGGGAUAGAUUCAGUGACUUCUUGUUAAUAAAACUGAGAGAUGUGUUGCAAAAACAGGUUAAUUUAAAACUAGUUAUUUCUAGUGCUGCUCUAGAUGCAAAUCUCUUCAUUAGGUAUUUUGGAAGUUGCCCAGUGAUACACAUACAAGGAAGACCUUUUGAAGUUAAAGAGAUGUUUUUAGAGGACAUUUUACGAAGCACUGGGUAUACAAACAAAGAGAUGGUAAAGUACAAAAAAGAGAAGCAGCGAGAAGAAAAACAACAAAGCACGCUUACUGAAUGGUGUUCUGCUCAAGAAAAUAAUAGCAAACUGGAAUCUCAGAGACAAAGAUCUGCCCCAAGUGCAGCUGAAGAGUAUAAUCUUUUGGAUGAUGGCGGUGACACAGUAUUUAAUCAACUGACUGAAAAAGAUGCAAAUUGCCUUGAACCUUGGCUAAUAAAAGAGAUGGACUCUUGUCUUUCUGACAUCUGGUUGCAUAAAGAUAUUGAUUCCUUUGCUCAGGUGUUCCAUCUCAUUUUAACUGAAAAUGUCAGUGUUGAUUAUAGGCACAGUGAAACCAGUGCGACUGCACUGAUGAUUGCUUCAGGGAGAGGCUUUCUGAGCCAAGUAGAACAACUGAUCAGCAUGGGAGCAAGUAUCCACUGCAAAUCAUCCAAUGGCUGGAUGGCCUUGGACUGGGCUAAGCGCUUUGGACAGACAGAGGUUGUUGACCUGUUGGAGUCCUACAGUGCUUCAGUGGAAUUUGGAAAUCUGGAUGAAAGUUCCCUGGUCCAAACAAGUGGUAGUGACCUUAGUGCAGAGGACAGAGAACUGUUGAAAGCUUAUCAUCACAGUUUUGAUGAUGAAAAAGUGGAUCUGGACCUGAUUAUGCACUUACUUUAUAACAUCUGUCAUAGUUGUGAUGCUGGAGCGAUUUUAAUAUUUCUUCCUGGAUACGAUGAGAUAGUUAGCCUGAGGGACCGUAUUCUUUUUGAUGACAAGAGAUUUGCUGAUAAUGCUCACAGAUACCAAGUUUUCAUGCUUCAUUCAAAUAUGCAGACUUUGGAUCAGAAGAAGGUGCUUAAAAGUCCACCUUCUGGCAUCCGCAAAAUAAUUCUUUCUACUAAUAUUGCAGAAACCAGCAUAACAGUCAAUGAUGUUGUAUUUGUUAUUGACUCAGGCAAGAUGAAGGAGAAGUCUUUUGAUGCACUGAGUUGUGUUACAAUGCUAAAAAUGGUGUGGAUUUCAAAAGCCAGUGCCAUCCAAAGAAAAGGCAGGGCUGGGCGCUGUCAGCCUGGAGUCUGUUUUCGGCUCUUCAGCAGGCUCCGGUUUCAGAACAUGUUGGAAUUUCAGACUCCAGAACUUCUAAGAAUGCCACUUCAGGAGCUUUGUUUACACACAAAACUUCUGGCUCCAAUUAAUUGUCCAAUUGUUGACUUUCUUAUGAAAGCUCCUGAUCCUCCACCUGCUUUAAUUGUGAGAAAUGCUGUGCAAAUGCUUAAGACAAUAGAUGCCAUGGACCCUUGGGAAGAUCUCACUGAACUUGGUUAUCAUCUUACUGAAUUACCAGUAGAGCCACACCUUGGUAAAAUGGUGUUGUGUGCUGUUGUUUUGAAGUGCCUGGAUCCUAUUCUUACUAUUGCUUGCACUCUUGCAUAUCGAGACCCUUUUGUCCUACCUACACUGGCAUCUCAAAAGCGUGCUGCUAUGCUGUGUAGAAAACGUUUUACUGCUGGAACGUUUAGUGACCAUAUGGCACUUCUCAGGGCUUUCCAGGCAUGGCAGAAGGCACGCAGUGAUGGUUGGGAGAGAGCCUUCUGUGAAAAGAACUUCCUGUCUCAAGCCACGAUGGAAAUCAUCAUAGGAAUGAGAACACAGUUGCUUGGCCAGCUUCGAGCCUCAGGUUUUGUUAGAGCCAGAGGAGGAGCCGAUAUUAGAGAUGUCAAUACUAACUCUGAAAACUGGGCUGUAGUUAAAGCUGCCUUAGUGGCUGGGAUGUAUCCCAAUCUGGUGCACGUAGAGAGAGAAAGCCUUGUUUUGACUGGACCAAAGGAGAAGAAAGUGCGAUUUCAUCCUACCUCUGUUCUUAGUCAACCUCAGUAUAAAAAGAUUCCCCCAGCAAAUGCGCAAGCUGCAGCCAUUCAGGCACUCCCUACAGACUGGAUUAUAUAUGAUGAAAUGACGAGAGCUCACAGGAUAGCAAAUAUCAGAUGCUGUUCUGUUGUAACACCUGUCACUGUGUCACUCUUCUGUGGACCAGCUAGAUUACCAAGUAAUGCUUUGCAGGAACCUUCAUCCUUUCGAGGGGAUGGGGUACCUAAUGAUGACAGUGAUAGUGAGAUGGAGGACAAAACAACUGCUAACUUGGCACUACUGAAGCUAGAUGAAUGGCUCCAUCUCAAACUGGACCCUGAAGCUGCGGGUUUGCUGUUGCAACUCAGACAGAAGUGGCAUAGCUUAUUUCUGCGUCGUAUGCGAGCUCCUUCUAAACCAUGGUCUCAAGUUGAUGAAACAACUGUAAGAGCAAUUAUAGCUGUUUUAAGUACUGAAGAACAGUCUGCAGGUUUGCAACAGCCUUCAGGAAUUGGUCAGAGACCAAGACCUAUGGCUUCUGAAGAACUUCCUUCAGCAUCUACAUGGAGGUCAACGAAUAGUAGAAAAAGCUCAGCAGAAACUGAAUUCUCUGAUGACUCUUCUAAUGCUGAAAAAGUUUUAAUGAAAUCUACACCUCCAGCACUAUACCAGCCAAGGAAGUACAAAGAAAAAAACAUUUUGCACUCCAAACGCACUUCAGAUGACAGGUCAGAUCAAUCAUCAGUGAAGUCUACAGACAGCAGUAGCUAUCCUAGCCCCUGUGCUAGCCCUUCUUCUCCAAUAUCUGGAAAGGGUUCCAAAUCUCCUUCACCAAGACCAAAUAUGCCAGUUCGAUACUUUAUAAUGAAAAGCAGCAACUUGCAAAACAUUGAUAUUUCUCAACAGAAGGGUAUAUGGUCUACUACACCAAGUAAUGAACGAAAAUUAAAUAGAGCCUUUUGGGAGAGCAGCAUGGUUUACUUAGUGUUUUCUGUUCAAGGGUCUGGACGUUUUCAGGGUUUUGCUAGAAUGGCUUCAGAGAUAGGGUGUGAGAAAAGUCAAGACUGGGGAUCUGCUGGCUUUGGAGGUGUAUUUAAGGUGGAGUGGAUCCGAAAAGAAAGCAUUCCUUUUCAGUUUGCACACCAUUUGCUCAACCCUUGGAAUGACAAUAAGAAAGUACAAAUAAGCAGAGAUGGCCAGGAGCUGGAACCACAAGUUGGAGAGCAGUUGCUACAGCUUUGGGACCGUGUUUCUUUGGCAGGAAAAACCUCCACUGAUUGAGCAUGUCAAGUGAUAUGAGCUGUCGUUGAAACAUCAGCUAUAACCACUAGAACCAGCAGCGUGCCUACAAUAUAAAGAUGAGGAAGAACGUGGUGCAACAAGCUCCUGAAGUUGCUAGUGAUGCUGUGCAGCUAGCUGUGGAAAAAAUAAGAGGGAAUUAUGUUGGUUUCAGUAUUUCCUUGUCUUAACAAACGUCAUAACGUUAUUCACCAGCCUGUUUUUGACUGAAUUAUUUUUUUACAGUAGUGUGCAGUUGAUAUUUAAAAACAUGGUUAAGUUCAAAACUAAGUUUGAAACAGUGGACCACGUAUAAAUAGUUUGUGGGUUUAAAAUAGCACAGCAGGCAGUUUAAAUAUACAGUUUACAUUUAAAGCUUUCUCAACACCAUAAAAUGUAUGAGAGAAACCAGUGUAAUAUUAAUUAAUCAAUCUUGUAGUUUGCGUAAAAUAAAUAAAUUGAGAAUAGAUGUCUCCAAAUAUAUUGGAAGAUUCCAUAAGUAUUUAUUGAACUUCUGUGUGCACAGUGCAAGAGAGUACAAUAUAUUCAUACAAACAACUGGGCAGCUGGAGAAUGUAAAAUUUUAAUUUAAAUACAUCAGUGAAAGGAGCAUGAGACUUUAGAGAGUGGAUUGGUCCAGCAGUGUUUCCAUUUUCAGUUAUUUUUCACCUUUAAAAGGUACUCGCACUUUGGCGAGCUGAAAGAGUCCUUGCGACCUGCUGCCAAAUGUUAGUCUAAUAGUUCACUAACUUGGGCAUUAUUAGAAGAUUUUUAUUUCUUUCUAAAAAAAUACUUACCAGUACAAUUUUCUUCAUCUUUCAAUGUAGUCUUCAUGCUUUAUUUCUAUACGUCUUCUUUCAAUUUCUUUCUUCUUGUAUACUACUAUUGUUUUGUUUUAUUUGGCUUAUCCUUAGCUGUCAACAUACUGUUUUGUAAGGCUAGUAUACAUUCAGUCUGCUCGCUGUCAGCACAAUGUUUGUGGUCAGAGCUUUUUCUGCUUCUGACCCUGUACUUAGGUUUUUCAUGUCUGUUAAGAAUAUUCGCACAGUUCAGAGUAUGCUAUGUAUUCAUUCUUACAUUCUGUGUAGUGACUUCCAUACAUAAACAAUGACUUUUGCUGUUGGAAGACUAUCUGAAUCCUUGUGAGGCUAAUAGUGCCUAAUACGGUAUUUCUGGAGACAGUACAUACAACGGAGCUGUGAGGGUCAUGUUGCCUUAUGUGAUACUUCCAGGCCCAUGCCCACAAAGGAAUGUGGGGUGGCAUUGCCUUGUACAGGAUUCCCGGGCCUCAUGCAUGCCAAGGGCAGAGGGGGAGCAGAGGUGAGGUGUAAUGUUUCGUUAAUAAGCCCAAAUAUGCUUCUGCAGCUCGAUGAUAAAAAGGACAGUCCAGCCAAGGAAUUUGCAUUCCCCAAAGUCCUUGGCUAGUCUGGGUCACUUGUCUGGAGAAGAAGUCAUGGCCUGCUGCCUGCCUGACAGCCAUGGUCAUGUAAAUCUUUGCAUGCCUAGAUGUAAGGUCUAACUCAGUGUGAGAAUUGAACAUAAGAGGUUAAAAAUGCUGAUGUCUGACUUCUCUUAUGCAAGCAUUGUGGAUGGAGAACUGCAAGGUCGGCAUGAGAAGCAGCUGAAGGAGGGAGUCUUAUGGCAGCAGGACGGCUCUGUUUUGGCUAAAAAAUGCAAAAUAAACAGAUGAAUGCUUUCAACAUAGAAUCUUGAAGGCCACAGUGCCUGGAUUGAGCCCUUUUGCUUGAUAAUCUGUGAGAUGAUUAUUAAAGUUGACACCCCUAAGUAUGAUAAUGAGCUUAAAGUACAUUCUAAACCCUCCACCCAAAUCAUGUUUAUUGUCACGCCUGGGAGGGAGCAACUAAGAUUGGGGUAUAAAGGAUAUUGAGGAAAAUACCCCCUGGGGUGGGGAGAAGACAUUGAAAACCCUGAAGAGGCAGUUGACAGGCUGUGCUCCUUCUCCACCCAAGAUAGGGACCCCUUCUUGGUAAGCAUUGUGCCUUCAUCUUUUGGUGAAGAACACCCAGGAUAGCAUUUGGCUGGCACUAUCAUCAUAUGUUAGCGCUACUGCAGUAAGUGCAUUUAUCAGUGGCAAUUCUGAACUCUUUGUUGCUUUAAUAAACUGUGUUUCAACUUUGUGAAACUGUCUCAGUGAAAGUCCUUGAGAGGGCUCUGAUAAUUGACUGUACGUAAUUAAUUCUUUAGACACAAACUGUUGACCAAGUCUGGGACUAAGACUGGAUGUAGCAGCCCCUAGGCUCCUCUCUGAGAAGGAGUUUAGAAAGCAAGGGGGUCCUUUCUGAACCUCAUUACUCAUUGGGAGGACCUCCCUCAGCCACGCAUCAGACUCUCACCCUUUUACGUGACACCCAGUCUUGCUGAAUUACUUGACUUGUUGUUGUUACAACCCAGAUAAUUGUACUACUGAUCUGUAUUUUUUUUCCUGUACUGUUAUUUAGAGAUAAACUUUAUCCCUGAAGCUGUUGGUCUGGUGUCUGUUACCAUAUCCUGAACCUACAAGUUGGCAGGGCUGCCUUAAGCCCGUACGCUCUGGGGUCAGAAGUGGGGUACAGUACACUGCAUCGUGACCAGCCCUGAGAUGAAUGAGGACCCCUGGCUAUUCCCUGGGCCAGUCCCUCAGAUUUGGAAAUGAGCAUCACUUUCCUCCUCCUCCAUGAUUUGUCAAUGUUGGUUUCAUUUUAGUGAAUAUUUUAAAAUGAGGUUCACAUGAUUUUGCUUGUUUCACAUGACUUUGUUUUAAAGAUUUUAAUGCUGAUAAAACUAGAAUAAAUCUAUGCUGAUGGUAUGGACAGUUAAUGUGAUCUUUUUGGUUCUAAUAAGCUGAAAUUUGUUGUUCAGUUGUAUUCUGUGUUCCUUUCCUGUUUGUAUUUUCUGCUUUCUCUCCUUUUCCCAUGAAGUUGCACAUAACUUCAUGGCUGUGCAUUCAGGAUUGCAGUUAGUGUCUGACUUCAGGAAAGACAAUAUCAGAGAUGAGUAUUGUCUAGAGAACAGAUCUAGGGGACUUUUCUUGAACUACUGAAGCAUCUAAAGUUCAUCUGUAAGGACAUAACUGUGCUGGUUUUAUAUGAUAUUUUAAAAAGAAAAAAACAGCUUACCUCUGAUCUCUCUAAUUGUAUGCUCAGUACCGCAGUGUAUCAGCGCUUCCUGCUGACUUCUGACACCAUCUUUACAAGACAGAGUCAACCAGUAGUUGCUGCUGCUCAUCCUUUGGACUUCUCUAUUUCAGCAACAGUAAUGGAUGGUCUGUAAAACUGAAAGUAAAUACUUUUUCCAUAAACAACAAUACUGCAACUUGUCUAUGCCACAGUCUGCAAGGAGCAUCAUAUAGUGUAUUUUAUAGCUACAGUAGAUUAAGUGUUUUCAUAAUUGAACUAAAUUACUAGAAGAGGUUAUUUUGAAUGAAGGAACACUGAACAGUGUGAUGCAUAGUAAUCUUGUUUUGCUGUGCAGUCAUUUGCAGAAAUAUUUCUAAAUAAAAAUACAUGUGCUGUCA